AUGGAUUCUACACAAUUUAACUUUCUAAAGGUGGACAAGUACCAAAAUGAGUUUGACUGGUUAUACAUUGAGGAACAGUUAAAUGGAGCAUUAGAAUUACCAAAUACAUUCACUGGUGGCUAUGAAAAUUGCAUAACCAAUACCUUAUUUGAUUAUGAUCCAUACUUAUUUCAUCCCCAGCACCAAAACAAUCAAGUUGCCCAUUCUGGUUUCAAUGAUUUUGAAGAUGUCAUUCAAGAUUUCAGUUCAUGGGAUGUGAACUUUCCGUCGUCGUAUUAUGAAGAUAUUGUGGUGAAUGCUAUGCCAUUGAACACUAUGACUGAAGGUACUUUUGAGCUUUGUGACAUUAAUGUUGGGAAUGUUACAAGUGAAGUGCCCGAUGCAACUUCAAGAAUGUAUGAUCAGGAGAUGAAUAAAAGGCAGAGUGGAAGGCUGUGUAAAUCGGCUACGUUAGAAUUGGAGGAGAUUCAGAAGUACUUUGAUAUUCCAAUAACAAAAGCAGCAAAAGAACUGAAUGUUGGAUUGACUGUUCUCAAGAAGAGAUGCAGGGAACUUAAUAUCACUAGGUGGCCUCAUCGGAAACUCAAGAGCUUGAAGACUCUAAUUGACAAUGUGAAGGGUUUGGGAUUGGCGAAGGAGUUAGAAAUGCUAGAAGAGCACAAGAGAAUGAUAGAGCAGGUGCCAGAGAUGGAACUGACAGAGAGGACGAAGAAGUUGAGGCAGGCCUGUUUCAAGGCCAAUUACAAGAGGAGAAGGACUCUUGCAGCAGCUGCAACUUCUUCUUGA